AUUUGCAGGAUUCAUUGUUUAAUUUUGGAGGGAUAAUGGCGAAUGGAGUAAAGGAAUUGCCUGAAAAGUUUAUGGGAAGUUUUAAGCUUGAUCGCAGUGAAAAUUUCGAAGAAUUUCUGGCUUCAAAAGGCAUUAAUUGGUUUUUAAGGAAAAUGAUUUCUUUUGCAUCGGUUACUAAAGUAUUCAGCCAUUCCGAUGAAACCAAAGGUGCCUAUAAUUUGUGCAAUCGGUCAUCUAAGAAAGAUACGGUUUACAAGAAUUGGAAACUAAAAGAGGAGUUUCAGGCUGAAGGAUUUGAUGGUAAAAUGCACAGAGUCAACUUCGAUUUCGAUCCAAUUACAGGAAGUUUGAAAGAGACACAUAUCCGAAUAGACGACCCAAACGAUCAUGGAGAGACGUACACUUAUACCGUUGACGGUGAUACUUUGACGUUGAGUAUGGCAAAUGAAAAAGUGUCCUGCAAGCGGUACUUCAUUCGACAAUUACCUCCUGAGCAGCAACAAUCACCUUCAUAGAUUGAUGUGAUUCGUAGAGCAAGAAAGAUAAGCGAUUAAUAUCAUAUCAUACACAUAAAUAUCAUGUCAUGUACCCAAUUUACUCUUUUUUUUACUGCUUGGCAAGUAAAGAAGAUUUUUUAAACAAAAUGUUUUCUAAUUUUUUGAUUUUUCAUUUACGUGCUUAUUUAUUUGUUUCCCCUUUUUAUUUCUAUUUUGUAAACAUCUGUUUUACAUUGUCAAUCUUAUGAAGAUGAAGGAUUUGCUAUAAUUUCUUCUAUUUAACUUUUUCGUAGUUUUUUAUUUACCUGUUUUUGUCGAAUAUUUAUUUUGC